CAUUUUACGCCUUAUGAUAUAAAGCUUUUCAGCCACCAGGUGCUUCCAGUUGCACGAGUAAUCUAUUUGAGAGUGAAAUGGACCCUGGAAUGUCAUUACCUUUUACACACGUCGACCAUUGCCCUCGUCAUAAUCACUGAGCCCCGACCAGCUGAACAAUAAUAUGUUUUUAGUAAGUACUAGUGAUGAAGUCUUCAAUAACCCCGUUUAUGUCGCUAGGAUAGGCGAACCCAAUGCUGUCCAUCACACCGAUCAUCAGUUAUGCAAGGGACGCAUGCUGCACAUCUACAAAGUGAAAUGUGGGGUCAUAUAUGGGUCGAUGCAGACUCGCCGAAGUAUCCCCGAGCACCUUCAUCCUUGGACAAUUGAGACUAUGAGAUUCCAAGAUUUGGUCAAAUAUCAAAAUAUGAAUGUACAACACCCUAACCUCUCUAUUUCAUCUCCAAUACUAGUUUCCAACAAAGGUGCAGCCCCAAUCUCCCAGAGAUACACCUCAAGUUUAAGCUUAUCUGGCGGAACUGGAACCCAUAAGCUUCAUCCUCGGAUCCUCACCGAGAACACCUUAACCAGUAACUCGUCCGCCCCACCCCAACUCUUUAAAAAUAACUCAAUCUUGCCCACCCACGUUUAAGAACCCCGUUACCCCUCCAUCCCCUCCUCCUCACCCACAACAUCCCCAUUUGAUCCUCCCAUCACACCGUCACAAUGGUUUA